UCCACUGAAAUCAGGGGAUUCGUGCGCGCCUCUAUCACCCCCGGCGCAAUAUAGAAUCGCGCGACAGUAUCACGAUGUCAGGGGCAGUAAAAGACGUAGGCCAUGUGAAAGGAAAAGACAAAAACGAAACCGAUGCUAUCUUACGCAGUAUGCGGAAAAAACAAACAGGUCAGUACGAGUGUAUACAGUCUGUAUCUGUAUGUGUAUCGUCGUGUGCAGCGACAUUGCGAAGACAUUGUUGUGAAUCUUGUGAAUGACAAUGCAAAUCUGAAAACCCAGUUGGCUGGACAUUGUUUUCGUCAAAAUCUUGGUAGGAUAGGUAUUCGGAUUUCAGAGCCUGGUUCGAUGGUUUGUUUCGGUGCAAUGUGCGUGGAGAAGCCGUAAGGAUUACUGUCAGAGUUUGCUCCAGAGCCUGAGGUUUUAACUGUGGAAACUUCUGUAGAAGAAAAUGUUUGGAUUCUCUCGCAGAAGAACGAAGCUUGGGAGAUUGAAAAUCCACCUUUCAGACUCUGCUCAGGGAACUAGAAGUCCACUAAGAAAGCCGAAACGCGCGAACAAUUCCAAUGGUGGAGGUGUUGAACCUGCAGUUGGUAGUUCUGAUGAACUCAAUUGUCAAGGCCCAUCUGCUGCACCUGAGCUUAACAACUAUACUUCGGGGAACUCUGAGAAUUGGAUGGUGCUGUCCAUUGCUGGGGACAAGCCUACACCUCGCUUCAAUCAUGCAGCAACUGUAGCUGGAAACAAGAUGGUGGUAGUCGGUGGUGAAUCUGCAGAUGGACUGUUGGAAGAUGUGCAGGUGCUUAAUUUUGACUCGUUCUCUUGGACCACGGCUUCAUCAAAGCUUUACCUUUCACCAACCAGUCUACCACUAAAGAUUCCUGCUUGCAAGGGUCAUAGUUUGGUUUCUUGGGGGAAAAAGGUGCUCCUUAUUGGUGGGAAAACUGACCCAGCCGGUGACAGAAUUUCAGUUUGGGCAUUUGACACAGAAACCGAGUGCUGGUCGCUUAUGGAAGCAAAGGGAAAUACUCCGGUUGCUCGCUGUGGCCACACGGUAGUUAGGGCAAACUCUGUUUUGAUUCUUUUUGGAGGUGAAAAUUCUAAAAGGAGAAAACUCAAUGACUUACAUAUGUUUGAUCUGAAGUCCUUGACUUGGCUCCCUCUUCACUGCACCGGGCAGGGACCAUCUCCGAGAUCUAACCAUGUGGCCGCUCUUUAUGAUGAUAAAACGCUUCUAAUUUUUGGAGGAGUAUCAAAAGCUAAGACUUUGAAUGACUUGUAUUCACUUGACUUUGAAACGAUGAUAUGGUCGAGAAUCAAGAUACGAGGUUUCCAUCCAUCACCCAGAGCUGGCUGUUGUGGAGUCUUGUUUGGAACUAAAUGGUAUAUUGCGGGGGGUGGUAGCAGGAAAAAACGACAUGUAGAAACGUUGAUAUUUGAUGUUGUAAAACACGAGUGGUCUGUUGCUGUUGCAUCUCCCCCAUCUUCCGUCACCACUAGCAAGCCUUUUUGGAAUGUUAUUUCACAGGGGUUUAGUCUUGUGCUAGUGCACCACGGGGAAAGGGAUUUCCUUGUUGCAUUUGGGGGAUCCAAGAAGGAGCCUUCAAAUCAGGUUGCACUUUUGAUAUUGGAAAAGAAUGAAUCAUCUGUUGGCCGGCGACUCGCUCCCAGUAAAUUUGUAGCAUCUUCACUAUCUGAGAACCUGUCAUCAGCCACAGGGUUGGCUACCCAACUAGGUAAUGGUGCUUUCCCUGGGCCAGUUGAUGCUGUUGCGAAACACUAUCUGGCAUCUGCAUGUGAAAAACAUGGCUCCGGUAGGAGAUCUUUGUCAGAGUCGCUACUUGUGGACCAAAAUCCUGCUUCUGGUAAUGUCUCGCUCCGCAAGCAAUUUCACAAUGAGGAAGACAACACGUUUGUGCUUAUGACAGAGAGUUCCGAUGAUGGAAGUCCUGUACAGGUAGCAAAGCAGAAAACAAAGAAACUUAUUAUUGAUGAUGUUGAUGUCCGUACCAACGUUAAUGGAGGCAAAGGCAAUGCUGAAGAAACAUCAAAUUUGCUAAAAUCAGAAAGUUUGAACUCCCACAACAGACACGGAAAUGGAAAUCUUCCACCUGAAAGUGAUGAUAUAGUCGUGUUGUUGGAAACUACUGGUAAAUCCGGAGGUCAAUCAGUUCCUUCAAAUAUCUAUCAAAUGCAUGGAGCCAAAAUGGCUGACUUGAUAAAGAAGAAUGGAAUUUUGGAAGGACAGCUGGCAGUUGCAUCAGCUUGCCGUGAAGCUGCAGAAAAGAACUUGUCUUCUGUUCUUAAGAGCAGACAAGAGAUGGAGAAAAAAUUGGCAGACACGGUGAAGGAGAUGGAAUUGCUGAAAGAGAAGCUAGCUAGUAUUGAGCUGGCACAAGAGGAGGCUAAUAACCUAUCAAAUAUAAUGCACUCCGACAAUGUAAGGCUGGAGCAUGAUGUGGCAUUUCUGAAGGCAGUUUUGGAUGACACGCAGAAGGAAUUGCAUUCGACUAGAGGAGUACUUACUGGGGAAAGGGCUAGAGCACUACAACUACAGGUCGAAGUUUUCCAUCUCAAACAAAGAUUGCAAUCUCUGGAGGACCGAGCACCAACCCCUAGGAAACCUUACCAUGUACAGUAGUCCUGUUGUUGUCCAUGCCAUAGCUAGUCUUCUUGUACAUGUCUAUUUACACGUGCUAUCAGUAUCUUUUGAGAAGGUACCGUUCCCUCUGUUGUAAGAUACAGAUCUAUGACCUCUGGCACCUUGUAUCAUAAAUAGCUUGCGACUGAUGCUGAAAAAACACACGUUCAAGGAGCAAGCAAUUGUAUCCGCUUAUGAGGUUUUAUUGGUGUCUGAGUUUGUAUGAAGUAUAGGCUCAUUGGAAUA